GCGAUGUGCAAGUCUUUGGUACUCAUUUUCAUGCACCACGGUUUACAGCACAGGAAUUAAGAAGGCAACAAAUGAUUUUGGAGUUAAAGAGACGUGCAAUGCGAAGCAAUGAGCCUCCAAAUGAAAUAUUUAAUGCAGUUUCUCAGGAACAUUGAAGAAUUACCAGCUGUAAUACUCGAUGAUGCAGGUGGAAUAGAACCUUUAAAUGGUCCUCCUGGAAUUUAUGAACGGAUUGAAAUUAUUGACUUUGAUGGUGAUGAGGUUGCUGAUGAAGAUGAAGUGACUUGUGUUUAUUGUCUUACUAAUCGUCCGAAGGUGGCGGUGGUCCCGUGUAAUCAUCUAUGCCUGUGUCUUCGCUGUAAUUUUGGCCGGGAAUUACAGGAUGCUGAGCAUUUGAGAAGAAAUGAAUUUUAUCAACCUUUGUGUCCUUUAUGUCGAGGCUCAUUCCGUUCAGCAAGACAAACGUAAUCUAAUAAAACAAUAAAACAAACAGUACCCCCCACUUUUUACAAAUAUACAAUGACUUUCA